CAUGGAUUUGACCAGUUGGGUUCAACAGGGAUUUUGAGAAAAAUUAUAUCAAUGAAUUUAAAAAGAAAUGGACACCUGAAUUAUUUCUUUAGAUGCCUAUUUAUCUAUGGUCGAAAAAGAAAUGAAGCAAUGCUGGGUGCAGAAAGCAGAACAAAAUGAAUAUUUCAGACUACUACUACUGGACCCUGUCAAAUUUCAGUUACAACGUAAACAACUGGACAAAUUCUAGUCCGGAAUACGCUAAUGCUUGGAAAAAAUGGACAGAAUUAAUUGAAGAUAGAGCUGUUGUUGUUAGUUUACUUUUGUUAUUCUCGGCUUGUACAGUCUUUGGCAAUAUGCUUGUUAUAUUGGCUGUAAUAAGGGAGCAUUACCUACACACAGCUACAAAUUAUUUCAUUACAUCCUUAGCUGUUGCCGAUUGUCUAGUAGGUUUAGUAGUGAUGCCUUUCAGCGCUCUGUAUGAGGUAUUAGGACACACCUGGUUCUUUGGAGCUGACUGGUGCGACGUCUGGAGAAGCUUGGACGUUCUGUUCAGCACUGCCUCCAUCUUAAAUUUAUGCGUCAUUUCCUUGGACAGAUAUUGGGCUAUAACCGAUCCUAUGACGUAUCCAAUGCGUAUGACAAAAGCUCGGUCUAUUUUCCUCAUCGGUGCUGUGUGGGUUUGCAGUAGCGCCAUUUCUUUCCCGGCCAUAGUAUGGUGGAGAGCUGCAAGGACGGAACCCAUUCCGGUUUUUAAGUGUCCAUUCACCGAACAUCUAGGCUAUCUAAUAUUUUCUUCCACUAUUUCCUUUUAUUUGCCGUUAUUUGUCAUGGUUUUCACCUACUAUAAAAUCUACAGAGCAGCCGCAUACCAAACCCGUUCUCUCAGGCUCGGCACAAAGCAGAUAUUGCUAGGAUCUGGACAAUUAGAGCUAACUUUAAGGAUUCACCGAGGAGGCACUUACUCGGUAUCGGAGCCUCAUCACUUGUACUCUGCGCCAGAAAUUGAACCUCUAACAGUUCCUCAGUGUAAUGGACUUUCAAGAGUGCCUUCGACCCGUUUCAAUAAUAACACUAGACACUUUUCACUGAGCAGAAAACUCGCCAAGUUCGCUAAAGAGAAGAAAGCAGCGAAGACGUUGGGAAUAGUUAUGGGCGUGUUUAUAAUAUGCUGGUUGCCGUUUUUCGUCGUCAAUUUACUAUCGGGGUUCUGUCUGCAGUGCAUAUGGCACGAGAAAACAGUGUUAGCUGUAGUCACGUGGUUGGGGUGGAUAAAUUCCAGUAUGAAUCCGGUAAUUUAUGCUUGCUGGAGCAAAGACUUUAGGAGAGCUUUUUUGAGGAUCCUUUGUGUUUGUUGCCCUUAUUCGAUCAGGAGAAGGUACCGACCCACAUAUAACACUACGCUUAAUCAGGUAGAUGAAGGCUUUGGCGAAGUCAUGUACAAUUUUUUAAACAUCUUCAGGGCUCAAACAAGGGAUUAGUGCUACAUUAGAAUUUUAGUAUGUUCUUACUGUGACUGAAUGAUAUUUAUAUGUGUAUUUUAU